AUGGUAAAUGAAACGGUGGCUUUGUUUAUUCGCUCCAAAACUACGCCAUACGUUUUCAAUUCCUUCAUCGUACUGGCUUGUCUAAAUAUGGUAUUGUUCUUUACGGCGAGUUUUGGAAACAUCUUGAUUGUACUCUCUUUACGAAAGGAAUCUCUACUUCAUCCACCUUCGAGACUUCUUUUGCGUAAUCUGGCCUUGACUGAUCUGUUCGUUGGUCUCUUCACUCAUCCAUUAGCUACCCUGCACUCCAUUUCCAUUCUCGUUGAAAAUGUGCCAAUUUUUCAGUUCACUGUGCGGUCGAGUUAUGUUAGCAGUGCCAUCUUAAGCGGAAUGUCUCUCUUUGUACUGACCCUGAUCAGUGUGGACAGAUUACUCGCUCUCUCUCUCGGGAUGAAAUACAGGCAAGAGGUGACUGCGAGACGUGUUCGUGGUUUUGUGAUAUUUUUCUGGGUGUUAAAUACCGCGAAUGGUCUUGCACUGUUGUCUCGGGAGCGAUUUGUCUUUUACAUAUUCAGUGCAUCGAGCAUCUUUCUUUGCAUGAUAAUUUCGACUUUUUGCUACGCGAAAAUUUACCGCAUCCUUCGUUUGCAAGAAAUGAAAGUUCGCACCACUUGUUCCCAAAAACAAAAAAACAAAAACUCUCUGCUUAGCGUCAAGCGCUACAAGAAGACUGUGUCAAACGCGCUUUGGGUUCACUUGACAUUGCUGGCUUGUUAUUUCCCGUACAGUAUAGUGUCGGGAUUAAAAGCGGUGACUAAAGAAACUUGGGCAGUCGCUGAAGGCUUCACUGGGACUCUGAUAUUCUUCAAUUCAUCACUGAAUCCUCUUCUUUAUUGUUGGCGCAUUAAGGAAGUGAGACAGGCUUUAUUGGAAAUGAUCAGGCAAUACCGAAGUUUACUUUUGAGGGAAACUUGA